AUGAUGGAGAUUGAGUUGCCUAAAAUGAACCCAAGUCAACAGGAUAUGGAUCUGAUUGACAUCCUGUGGAGGCAGGAUAUAGACCUGGGAGCAGGCAGGGAGGUGUUUGACUUCAGCUACAGGCAGAAGGAGGUGCAGUUACAGCGGCAGAGGGAGCUGGAGGAGGAGAAGAGGCAGCAGAGAGUGAGAGAGCAGGAGAAAGCUCUUCUCGCCCAGCUACAGCUUGAUGAAGAGACUGGAGAGUUUGUGCCUCGGCCCACCCCUGCCAACAAUGCUCUGACGCACGCCAACACUGCACCUGCAGAGAUCACACAGAAUGUGGCAUUCACUGAAGAGGAUGGAGAUGCCAUGUCGUUUGAUGAGUGCAUGCAACUGCUGGCAGAGACAUUCCCUCUAGUAGAGUCAGCAGAGUCUGCUGCUCCUUGUCUGGAUCCCUCCGUUCCUCCCUCCACAGACAACAGCCAUGUAAUGAUGCCUGGAGAAAUGCCCAUGCUUACCCAGACUCCCUUGAUGCCAGGCCCUAUGAACCAGACCUGGAUGGAUCUGCAGCACUGCUUGAACAUUCAGGAGAUGUUGGACAUGUCAGGAUAUGUGAACCCAGCCCCUGCUACCAGUAUACAAGAGUCAAACUACAGCCAGUAUCUGCCUGAACUGGGAGACAUCCCCACUAACACUGCCGAAAUGUGCCCUCCUGCUUACAUAAAUACCUUUGAAGGAGCUUUUAACAGUGUGGUGCCUCCUAGCCUAAAUCAGAUAAGUUUGAAAGCUGAAGAUAUAAAUGAAGGCUUUGAAUCAGAUGAUUUUUCAGACAUAUUCUACUCUGAUAUGGAGGCUAAAGUGAAUAGUGCAACUCUCCCAUGUGAUGGGGCAAACACAGUGGACCAACUGGAAGAGCUAUCCAGUGACCCCCUGCUGAAACCCAUGGACCUGCACAGCCUUUCUCCUGGAGACUUCAAUGUAGGCAAACCUGAAGCCAUGGCAGAAUUUCCAGAUUCUGACUCCGGGUUGUCUCUGGAUGCCAGUCCCAAAAUGAGCUCUCCCGAAAAAUCCCUGAACGGAGAUGGUUCCUUUGGUUUCAGCGACUCAGACAUGGAUGACACAGAGGAUGGUCCUGGGAGUGCAGAAUCAGAUUAUGCUGAAAUGUUUCCCCUCUUGUUCCAAAGUGACAGUCCCCAACAGUCCCUCACAGAGAAAUCACCUGUGAGCCAGUCACAAGAGAGUGCGAUCGAACAGCCAAAGUCAGAGCCAGCCGAGGCCAGCGGCUUCUCCACACCUCCAUUCACCAAAGACAAGCAGAAGAGGCGCUUAGAGGCAAGGAUCUCGCGUGAUGAACAUAGAGCGAAGACCUUGCAGAUUCCCUUCACCGUAGACAUGAUCAUCAACCUGCCUGUGGAUGACUUCAACGAGUUGAUGUCCAAGCACCAGCUCAACGAGGCCCAGCUGGCGCUGGUCCGGGACAUUCGCCGCCGUGGCAAGAAUAAGGUGGCGGCGCAGAACUGCCGCAAGCGCAAAAUGGAGAACAUCGUGGGCCUGGAGUAUGAGCUGGACUCUCUGAAGGAGGAGAAAGAGCGGCUGAUGAAGGAGAAGAGCAAGAACAGCAAAAGCCUGAGGGAAAUGAAGCAGCAGCUGAACUCCCUGUACCUGGAAGUGUUCAGCAUGUUGAAGGAUGAGCAGGGCAAGCCCUACUCGCCCAACGACUACUCCCUACAGCAGACGUCUGACGGCAGCGUCUUCCUCGUCCCCCGCAUCAAAAAGACUCUUAUCAAGAGCAACUAGCACUUUUUCUGCUUCCUUCUUGGUACUGCAUAUUCUCUAGCUAAGUACUAUGCAAAACAA